CGGCUUCCUCACACUGCCACAGGCCGCCGCCGCCGCCGCCGCCGCCACCGCCGUCCUCCCUGACUUUCAUCGUAGGUUGUGAAGCAAAGACACAGUCAACAUGUCUGAGAAGAAGAUGACUUCGAGCCGUCGGCAUCAUCUGAAGAGCUUGAUGCUGUCGAUCGCUCAGAAAUGGCUCGCGCAGGAGAAGAUUGACCUGGCGGCAGCAAAGGAGGCCUACAUGGCCGAGAAAUGCUCUGGGCCGGACCUCAGCGGAGACCAGAACACCCUCAUGGAAACUUGCAAAAAGCUGCACGCCCUUAUUGACAAAAUCGACGAGGAGAGGUACGACCUGGAGGCCAAAGUGGGCAAAUCCGAUAAAGAGAUUGACGACCUGAAGAUCAAGGUGGUGGACCUGGCCGGGGUGAAGAAGCCCGCCCUGAAGAAGGUGCGCAUGUCGGCCGACGCCAUGCUGAAGGCCCUGCUGGGCUCCAAGCACACCGUCAACCUGGACCUGAGGGCCAACCUGAAGCAGGUCAAGAAGGAGGUGAAAGAGGAGCCUGCGGAGGCGGUCGGCGACUGGCGGAAGAACAUCGAGGACAAAGCCGACAGGAAGAAGAUGUUUGAGUCAUCCUAAAGCUCGGCUGGGCUCCCGCUCCAGGCUGUCGGCACUUUGUAUGAAUUUCUGGAAUUUUUCAGUGAACUGAAGUCCCGUUGUUUCAUUAAAGCUGUAAGUUUCAGCCAGCCCUCUUAGAGUACGUUUGUACGGCCGGUAGUUUGGGAGGACGAGGCUCCUCUGGGUGUCUCGCUUCUCUUCCACUGCAGGACUCAUUUCUGUCUCCGUCCACUUUGACAGCUUCCUGCUGAUGCUCUUUUGGUAAUAAAUGCUUUUUGUUU